GCCUGUCCCUGCCAGAGCAUCAUAAUCGCAGAAUGUUCCGGGACCCCCCUGACGAGCGGAGCUGCGUGGCGAUGACUGUCCGCGGCCACAGCUGCAUCUCCUGGUGACACUUAACACGUCCUCCAUCCAGUAGUUGUGAUCUUCUUUUCUUUCUUUUUUUUUUUCCAAAACAGCACCGCGUGAGGCUGGAAGCCUUUGGCACCAAAAGACGCACUCACAGUCAAUAGCUGCCUCCACGGCGCGCCUCCUUUCCCCCGACGCGCUCCUCGGUGGAGGAUUGGAAACUUGAGCGACCUUUGUGCAAAGAGCAAAGAGCAAAGGGCGAAGGGACGCGUGUCGUCGGCGCGGUGAAUGUAGCGGCGGGUUUGGGUUGUCCGUCUGCGGCGCGCACGGCGGGGCUGCUGGAACAAAACGCACCAAGUCUCUCGUUCCCGUUUUGCCCGUCGGCGGUGUCCCGAGCACCAGAAUCAUGUUUCUCAUCGGGAGUGUGCUCGCUCUCUUCUGCGCAGGUGUGUUGCCAUCUUCAGCACCAGUGUACCCCUUCCCUCCCUCCCACACCGACUGUGUUGAAGCUCAUCGUGUAUGCUCCGCCGACCCCCGGUGCGAGGCGCUGUACCGGGGCCUGGAGCUGUGUGCGGCCGACGCAGCGGUGUCCCCGCUGGGGGAGCAGGUGGCCGCCGAGUGCCUGGAGGGACAGGACGCUCUGCUGGCAAACCACCCCGCUCUGCUGGCCUGCAAGUGCCAGCGCGGCUAUCGCAGGGAGGAGCAGUGCCUGCGCAUAUACUGGAGGGUUCGCCUGCUACCAGGGGAAGAUGAGCUGGAAAUAUCUCCAUAUGACGACACGCUAAUGGAUACUCACAUGGCCUCCUUAGUGGCUGCUUCCUCUGUCAUGCAACUGGAUGGUGAAAACCAGUGCCUGAAGGCGGCACAGGACUGUGGCCUGUACGAGAAGUGCGGCUCUCUCCGCUCAGAGUACGCCCUGGCCUGCACCAAGCGGGUCCCCGGAAUCAACCGAUGCAACCAGCACAAGUGCCACCGGGGCCUGCGGCGCUUCCUGGAGCGGGUGCCUGAGGAGUACAGCCUGGGCCUCCUCUUCUGCCCCUGCACCAACACCCUGUGUGGUGAGAGGAGGAGGAAAACCAUCGUACCGUCCUGCUCCUACCAGGAGAUGGAGGGUCUACAACCUAACUGCCUCCACCAGCAGAGCUUCUGCCGCCGAGAUGACCUUUGCAGGUCCAGACUGGCAGAUUUCCUUAAUAACUGCCAGCCAUCUCCUUUGACGCCCAGCGGCUGUCUGAAAGACUCAGCAGGCCUGUGCCUCCGAGCCUACGCUGGACUCAUCGGUACCAUCAUGACACCCAACUACGUCAGCAACAGCUCUGCAGACGUGUCGCUGUGGUGUAACUGUGAAGGCAGUGGUAACCAGUGGCAAGACUGUCUGAGACUGGAGCGCAUGUUUACCCACAACGCCUGCCUGCGUAACUCCAUCAGCUGGAUGGGAAGCCCUGACUCCCUGCCUGCAGACAUCACCCCCCCUCCGGCUCCGAGACCUUCCCCGCUGGUUCGGGAAGACGAGCUGCUGAGAAACAACCACCUGCCUGAGCACAACAACAUCGAAGUGGAGAAUGAGAAAGAGGAGGAACAGACACAGACAAAGGAGGUGAUCGAUAAAGGGGGCCAGUUUGAUGACAUCAAUGUCCCACAGUACUCAGAGAGGGCCACCGUCUCCAACCUGGGCUCCAGCGGGACAGGUGGGGCUUCUUCCCUCACCGCCGGCUCCCCUCGAGCCAUCCUGCUGCUCUUUCUUCUAUCAGCCUCCUUCAGCUGCGGGUAGAACAGAGGAUACAGAGGAGACACACACAGAUACAUACACGCACACACACACGCUCACAUGUGAUGGACCUGCCAACAAUCCUGGACUGAUUGCUGUAAAGUUAUAGGAAACAGUGGAGAAAUGGACUUGACAUUGUGUCAGUUGCACUGUCUUGAUUCCUCACUUUGUCCUAGCUUUGUUCCUUUCUUCCUUUAAAAAAUGGCCUUUUGUUCGACGUUGUCUGACUGCAGCUGCUGUGGUGUAUUAACAUCCUGAGGUUAGAGAGCCAUCAGCAUUAGGCAGAAUGUAUCUCCUCUCAAUGGUCCAGGAAAAUAUAUAUUAUUAGAGUGGCUUGUUGUUGGUUGUUAGCACACCAAUAUUAGGCAAAUAUGUUGAUAUAUAUAUUUUAUAUUGUAAAAAUAACUACAUGUAGCUGUGUGGCAACCUUUCGGCAAGAAGCUACAAAUGUACCAUGAUGAAAGUGGCAAGCUAGCUAGGCUAAAUUUUGAUUAAUCAGGUGUGCCUUAAGCGGAGGACCUAAUCAUUGUAGAAAAAGGUCCAAACUCUCCUGAAUCAUUGCGCGUUUCCCUACUAAUUCCAUUCCGCACAGCAUACAAUGCACUUAUCACAUUACUGUAGCAUAUGUUACUAUGCCAAUGAGUUGCAGUGCUGACAAACAUAGCACGUUAGACUGCAAAUGUUAGCAAUUUAGCACAUAAAUACAUCUACAAUAUGAACUCGACGUUUACAUCAUCGUAAACCUUUUUUGUAGUAGUUUAUUGUAACUGACAGUCCCCUAGUUGUACCUGUAUCAACUACUAGAUUCAUAAUGAGUUCUUUGCUGGUGAUGCAGAAACAGUCGAAAGUCUUUAUGUUGUCUUCCUGAAAUUGUCUAACAUGGAAAAAGGUCUCUAAAGGAUAGUACAUUAUAUGAUUAUAUCCUCGUGCUAAACAACUUACUAUAAAAUGUAUAGACAAAAAUCAACUUUAGGAUAGGCUCUAGCUAGCUAAAAAUCUUCGCCCGCUACGCGGAAGUUGCUGCGUUAACACUCUGAACUCCUUCAGUUGGCCUAGGGUCCAUUUUAAUUUUCUGGUCAUUUUAAUAAUAAAUUACAGGGAAAAAAGCAAAAAGAUGGUACAUUUUGGAGUCAAAUCAGACCAUGAGCCAGAAAGCAGGACAGACAAAGUAUGCGAGUGGCAGCCUAAAGCAGCUGCCAGGAUAUAAACACCUCACACAUAAAGGAACGCCCAUCGGCUGCAGUCGGAUCCUGUUGUUAUUUAUUAUUUCUAACCUCAUUGAUGGAUGAUUGUUUUUCACACUUGUUGCCACAUACUUUUCCACAGGUCAUCCUAACGAUGAUGAAGGGUGGAAAAGGGGCUAAGAUAUAUGACGCGUCAGUCUAACUUCAUCACGCUGAUGGAUAGAGGGCUACUCGUCCACAGAGAACAUGAGUGUGUGAUGUGUGUGUUUGUGCGUGCAAGGAUCCGGCAGAGAGAUUGCAAAGAAAAUUGGAUGAAGCUUUUUGUCAUAAUUUGAGUCUUACACUUUCCAACUAAGUCAGCAAAGCCACGCAUAUGAACACACAUGCAGCCCAUGUAGUGAGCUCUUUCUUGCUUUAUUGCUCCAUCCCCAUUCCUAUCUCCCCUCCUUGGUGACUCAGGGCCGGGACCCAGGCUGCCACAGGCAGCAAUAUGAAUAAAACCGUCAUAAUGAAAACAAUACACCAGAAACAAUAUGAGCUCUAAAACGGCAGAACAAAUCAAAUAUCUCUCCAGCAGGCAAGAAAACACGCCCUAUACUUGUGAUACCGACACAGCGUCAGAAUGAACAGAGUUAGAAAGAGUGGAGGAGAGAGAGAUUCAUAAAAAAGAAAUUUGGAGAUAAAAAAAUAAGGCCACGUCCCUGUGUGGUCUUUUAGUUUGAUGUUUUACUUGCUUUUAGUUGGGAGGCUGGUAAUCAGUCCCUGACAACAUCUCUUUAUCAUCUGUCAGGCUCCUGGAGGGAGGAGUGUGUGUGUGUGUGUGUGUGUGUGUGUGUGUGUGUAUUAGGCAAUGAUAGAAAUAGCGCAUAUAGCUGGAACAUAAAAAACCCUGGAGCACAAACAUAGCAGAGAGAAACACCAGCUCUUGAUUUUCUAUGUCUUAUAAAUCUUUUGCUGACACAAUAUUUUUAUCUUCUUUUCUACUACUUGGAUUGUGUGAAAUCAAAUUCUAUCUGCAGGGGUUCCAGCGAAGGUGGAGAUGAAGGAACAAGAUUAGAGGAAAGGGGAUUGGAAAGAAAGGAAGAGAAAAAAGAGUGAGGAGACAAGAAUAGAGGAGAACAAUGGAAGAAAAGGCAAGGAGAUGAUAGGAGACAAAGGGAGG